UGCUCACACUGUUACACUUUCUCUGUCCCCCGGCUUUGUUAUUCAGCAUGUCUGAUUAGCAGGAGCCUGAUUGGCUGGCUGCCUGCUCCGAGAGAGAUUCCAUUCAGCUUACCCCCCACCCAUCCACCCACCCACCCACCCUCGGUCAGGAAAUGUGAGCGGGGCUGAUGGAAGCUGAUAGGCAGGGCUGGAGCGUUAGCACCAGUACUGGAUGUGACAGCAGGCAGAAGGGCACUUAGCCGCUUAUUCAGUGUCCGAUUCGGAUUCCGGCAAGGAUCCAAGCAUGGAAUGCUGCCGUCGUCGGGCAACUCCUGGCACACCGCUCCUCUUUCUGGCUUUCCUGCUCCUGAGCUCCAGAACAGCACGGUCUGAGGAGGACCGGGAUGGCCUGUGGGAUGCUUGGGGCCCAUGGAGUGAGUGCUCACGCACCUGUGGUGGAGGGGCCUCCUACUCUCUGAGACGCUGCCUCAGCAGCAAGAGCUGUGAGGGAAGAAAUAUCCGAUAUAGAACAUGCAGUAAUGUGGACUGCCCACCAGAAGCAGGCGACUUCCGGGCUCAGCAAUGCUCUGCUCACAAUGAUGUCAAGCACCAUGGCCAGUUUUAUGAAUGGCUGCCUGUGUCUAAUGACCCCGACAACCCAUGUUCACUCAAAUGCCAGGCCAAAGGAACAACCCUGGUUGUGGAACUAGCACCUAAAGUCUUAGAUGGGACCCGUUGCUACACAGAAUCUUUGGAUAUGUGCAUCAGUGGUUUGUGCCAAAUUGUCGGCUGUGAUCACCAGCUGGGAAGCACCAUCAAGGAGGAUAACUGUGGAGUCUGCAACGGGGAUGGUUCCACCUGCCGGCUGGUCCGAGGGCAGUAUAAAUCCCAGCUCUCCGCAACCAAAUUGGAUGAUACCGUGGUUGCUAUUCCCUAUGGAAGUAGACAUAUUCGCCUCGUCUUAAAGGGACCUGAUCACUUGUAUCUGGAAACCAAAACCCUGCAGGGGGCUAAAGGUGAAAACAGUCUCAGCUCGACAGGCACCUUUCUUGUGGACAAUUCUAGUGUGGACUUCCAGAAAUUUCCAGACAAAGAGAUACUGAGAAUGACUGGACCACUCACGGCAGAUUUCAUUGUCAAGAUCCACAACUCGGGGCCCGCAGACAGCACAGUCCAGUUCAUCUUCUAUCAGCCGAUCAUCCACCGAUGGAGGGAGACAGAUUUCUUUCCUUGCUCAGCAACCUGUGGAGGAGGUUACCAGCUGACAUCGGCAGAGUGUUACGACCUUCGGAGCAACCGUGUGGUUGCUGAUCAAUACUGUCAGUAUUACCCGGAGAACAUCAAACCCAAACCCAAACUUCAAGAGUGCAACUUGGAUCCUUGCCCAGCCAGUGACGGAUACAAGCAGAUCAUGCCUUAUGACCUCUACCAUCCCCUUCCUCGGUGGGAGGCCACCCCGUGGACCGCGUGCUCCUCCUCGUGUGGGGGGGGCAUCCAGAGCCGGGCAGUUUCCUGUGUGGAGGAGGACAUCCAGGGGCAUGUCACCUCAGUGGAAGAGUGGAAAUGCAUGUACACCCCUAAGAUGCCCAUCGUGCAGCCCUGCAACAUUUUUGACUGUCCUAAAUGGCUGGCACAGGAGUGGUCUCCGUGCACCGUGACAUGUGGCCAGGGCCUCAGGUAUCGGGUGGUCCUCUGCAUCGACCAUCGUGGAAUGCACACAGGCGGUUGUAGCCCCAAAACGAAGCCCCACAUAAAAGAGGAAUGUGUCAUACCUACUCCCUGCUAUAAACCCAAAGAGAAGCUUCCAGUAGAGGCCAAGCUUCCAUGGUACAAACAAGCUCAAGAGCUAGAAGAAGGAGCCGCUGUGUCAGAAGAGCCCUCGUUCAUCCCCGAAGCCUGGUCGGCCUGCACGGUUACCUGCGGUGUGGGGACCCAGGUGCGAAUGGUGAGGUGCCAGGUGCUCCUGUCUUUCUCUCAGUCCGUGGCUGACCUGCCUGUCGACGAGUGUGAAGGGCCCAAGCCAGCAUCCCAGCGUGCCUGUUAUGCAGGACCAUGCCACGGGGAAGUACCUGCGUUGAACCCAGAAGAGACAGAUGGCCUCUUCGGUGGCCUGCAGGAUUUUGACGAGCUGUAUGACUGGGAAUAUGAGGGCUUCACCAAGUGCUCCGAGUCAUGUGGAGGAGGUGUCCAGGAGGCUGUGGUGAGCUGCCUGAACAAACAGACACGGGAGCCUGCUGAUGAGAACCUGUGUGUGACCAGCCGCCGGCCGCCACGGCUCCUCAAGUCCUGCAGUUUGGAUCCCUGCCCGGCCAGGUGGGAAAUUGGCAAGUGGAGUCCCUGCAGUCUCACCUGUGGGGUUGGCCUGCAGACCAGAGAUGUCUUCUGCUCCCACCUCCUUUCCAGAGAGAUGAAUGAAACCGUAAUCCUGGCCGAUGAACUGUGCCGUCAGCCCAAGCCCAGCACGGUGCAAGCUUGUAACCGCUUCAACUGCCCCCCUGCCUGGUACCCUGCACAGUGGCAACCGUGUUCCAGGACCUGCGGAGGGGGCAUCCAGAAGCGUGAAGUUCUUUGCAAACAGCGCAUGGCUGACGGCAGCUUCCUGGAGCUUCCUGAGACCUUCUGUUCAGCCUCGAAACUGGCCUCCCAGCAAGCCUGCAAGAAGGAUGACUGUCCCAGUGAGUGGCUCCUCUCUGACUGGACAGAGUGUUCCACAAGCUGUGGAGAAGGCACACAGACUCGAAGUGCCAUUUGCCGGAAGGUGCUGAAAACCGGGGUCUCGGCUAUCGUCAAUUCCUCCCUGUGCCCUCCCCUGCCCUUCUCUUCAUCCAUCAGGCCCUGCAUGCUGGCAACCUGUGCACGGCCCGGGCGGCCAUCCACCAAGCACAGCCCUCACAUCGAGGCCGCCAGGAAGAUCUACAUCCAGACCCGGCGGCAGAGGAAGCUGCACUUCGUCGUGGGGGGGUUCGCCUACCUGCUCCCCAAGACGGCAGUGGUGCUGCGCUGCCCCACGCGGCGCUUCCGCAAGCCCCUGAUCACCUGGGAGAAGGACGGCCAACACCUCAUCAGCUCGGCGCACGUCACCGUGGCCCCUUUUGGCUACCUGAAGAUCCACCGCCUCAAGCCCUCCGACGCGGGCAUCUACACCUGCUCCGCGGGACCCGCCCGGGAGCAGUUUGUCAUUAAGCUCAUUGGAGGCAACCGGAAGCUGGUGGCCCGGCCCCUGAGCCUGAGGAGCGAGGAGGAGGCCCUCACGGUGCGGAAGGCCAGCCCGAAGGAGGCCCUGCAGCCGCACAAACACCAGAACGGCAUCUUCUCUAACGGCAGCAAGGCUGAGAAGCGGGGCCCCGCCGCUGACCCGGGCAGCCGCUACGAUGACCUUGUCUCCCGGCUGCUGGAGCAGGGGGGCUGGCCCGGGGAGCUCCUCGCCUCGUGGGAGGUGCAGGACUCCACGGAGAGGAACACGUCCUCCGAGGAGGAGCAGAACGCCGAGCAGGCCCUCUGGCACCUGCCUUUCACCAUGGUGACCGAGCAGAGGCGCCUGGACGACAUCCUCCGGAACCUCUCCCAGCAGCCCGAGGAGCUUCGAGACGUCUACAGCAAGCACCUGGUGGCCCAGCUGGCCCAGGAGAUCUUCCGCAGCCACCUGGAGCACCAGGACAUGCUGCUCAAGCCGUCUGAGCGGCGGGGACCCCCCGUGGCCAUCCCCUCUCAUAAGCACGUGUCUGGCUUCAGCAGCUCGCUCCGGACCUCGGCCGCCGGGGAGGCGGGGGGUGGCUCUCGCCGGCCCCACCGCAAGCCCACCAUCUUGCGGAAGAUCUCAGCUGCCCAGCAGCUCUCCGCCUCCGAGGUGGUCACCCACCUCGGGCAGACUGUGGCCCUGGCCAGUGGGACGCUGAGUGUGCUUCUGCACUGUGAGGCCAUAGGCAACCCAAGGCCGACCAUCAGCUGGGCCAGGAACGGAGAAGAGGUGCAGUUCAGUGACAGGAUUCUUCUGCAGCCAGAUGAUUCCUUACAGAUCCUGGCACCAGUGGAAGCUGACGUGGGUUUCUACACUUGUAACGCCACAAAUGCCUUGGGAUAUGACUCUGUCUCCAUUGCCGUCACAUUAGCAGGAAAACCACUAGUGAAGACAUCACGAGGGACUGUGAUCAACACUGAGGAGCCUGCCAUCACAGUUGAUGUGGGAAGCACCAUCAAAACAGUACAAGGAGUGAAUGUAACAAUUAACUGCCAAGUUGCAGGUGUGCCUGAAGCUGAAGUCACUUGGUUCAGGAAUAAAAGCAAACUGGGCUCCCCUCCGCAUGGGCACGAGGGCUCCUUGCUGCUCACAGACGUGUCCCCCUCAGAUCAGGGCCUGUACUCCUGCAGAGCAGCCAAUGUCCAUGGAGAGCUGACCGAGAACACGCAGCUGCUGAUCCUAGAUCCCCCCCAAGUCCCCACACGGUUGGAAGACAUCAGAGCCUUGCUUUCAGCCACUGGACCGAACCUUCCUUCAGUGCUGACGUCUCCUCUGGGAGCACAGCUGGUCCUGGAUCCUGGGAAUUCUGCUCUCCUUGGCUGUCCCAUCAAAGGUCACCCUACCCCCAAUAUCACCUGGUUCCAUGGUGAUAAGCCAGUCACCACUGUCCCAGGACUGACACAUCAUAUCUUGGCAGCUGGACAGAUUCUUCAGGUUGCAAAUCUUAGUGGCGGGUCUCAAGGGGAAUUCAGCUGCCUUGCUCAGAAUGAGGCAGGAAUGCUUGUGCAGAAGGCCUCUUUAGUGAUCCAAGAUUACUGGUGGUCUGUGGACAGACUGGCAGCCUGCUCAGCCUCCUGUGGUAACAGGGGCAUUCAGCAGCCCCGCCUGAGGUGUCUCUUGAACAGCACAGAGGUCAACCCCACUCACUGUGCAGGGAAGGUGCGCCCUGCUGUGCAGCCCGUCGCCUGCAACCGGAGAGACUGUCCUUCUCGGUGGAUGGUGACCUCCUGGUCGGCCUGUACCCGGAGCUGUGGGGGAGGCGUCCAGACCCGCCGGGUGACCUGCCAGAAGCUGAAAGCCUCUGGGAUCUCCACCCCUGUGUCCAAUGAUCUGUGUACACAGCUCGCCAAACGGCCAGUAGACACCCAGGCCUGUAACCAACAGCUCUGCGUGGAGUGGGCCUUCUCCAGCUGGGGCCAGUGCAACGGGCCCUGCAUCGGGCCUCACCUAGCCGUGCAACACAGACAAGUGUUCUGCCAAACACGGGACGGCAUCACUUUACCAUCAGAGCAGUGCAGCGCCCUUCCCAGGCCCGUGAGCACCCAGAACUGCUGGUCAGAAGCCUGCGGUGUACACUGGAGGGUCAGCCUGUGGAGCCUGUGCACGGCGACAUGCGGCAACUACGGCUUCCAGGCCCGGCGCGUGGAGUGUGUGCACGCCCGCACCAACAAGGCCGUGCCCGAACACCUGUGCUCCUGGGGGCCCCGGCCCGCCAACUGGCAGCGCUGCAACAUCACCCCAUGUGAAAACAUGGAGUGCAGAGAUACCACCAGGUACUGCGAGAAGGUGAAACAGCUGAAACUCUGCCAACUCAGCCAGUUCAAAUCUCGCUGCUGUGGGACUUGUGGCAAAGCGUGAAGGCGGGGCCCAGGGAGGAACUGCACCCUGGCCACACAGAGGACUCACGCCCCCACCUUGGACAGAACUUAAGCUUUCUUGGUUUAUUUAUUUAUUGCCCUCUCCCUGCCCCCCCACCACACACGCCCUCGUCCGACCUCCUCCCCCCACCCCAGACGUGAGGACCUCAGCAUGUCCUCUCUCAGUUAGCUGGAGGACAGGAAUGUCAGGGAAAGACAAGGAAAGGGGUCUAAAGGAGGUUGCAGAGCAGAUGCCUUCCCCAACCCGGGUCCCAGACAGACCAAGCAAGAGGCCAGCACAGCUCCUGGGGACAGCAGGGAGUCAGGGCCAAGAGCGGACGAGAGACAGGCAGGUAGGGUGACAGCGUUUGGAAAGCCUUGAUGCAGACUUCGGACAACCAACUGUGUCUUCCCUGGCAGCACGCUGUCGACCCAGGAGUGUACUGCUGCUUUGUGUCCUCCCCCCCUCCCCCCCCACCUCCGCCUGAGGGGAGGACACCAUCGUGAGCAGAACCCAGGCCACAACUCUGUGCUUCCGGUGCAGAGCUGUGAGAACUCAAAGCACCCAUACAAAGCAGUCAGGAGGAGACCAUCCAGGUGGGCCUACAGCACACUUGAGGCAGAACUUCUACAAAGUCGGGGGGAAGGGUACGGAAGCAAAAAGAAGCCUGUGCACAGCCCUCAGCAGGGAAGCGCAGGUAGAUGAAGAGGAGCGAGCAGGCCCGAGGCUCCGGGAAGGGACACUCCAAAUUCUGCUGCCCUCCUAGAGGGCACAGGCCCUCUGUGGGGCCCAUGCUGCGGGGUAGAAGACAUACCCUCCCCUUGGGGUUGGGGGUGGGGGGAGUCUGCAUUCCCCAUGCCGUCUCGGUGAACAUUCUGCCUGUACACCCCUAGCAAAGCUAGUGAGACAUCGGCCACCCCUGGCAUCUCUCCCUAAGUCACGAGCUCUGCACCACCCCCACCCAGGAUUAACUGCUGAUGGGGACCAGGGGCAUUUGGAGCGUGAAUAGCGUGGGCUUUCUGCCUCGAUGGCCGAUGCUGCUCCACUUAAGGGCCAGGGAUUGGGGUCAGUGUGCCAGAGAGGAUCCAUCAGGUCACAGGAGCCACUUCCGGAGCUGGCCAGACAAAGGGACAAGGGGCCCGACACCGGCUUGUGCGGGCCAUUCCAGGGGCACAAGAGCUGCCCUCCUGUUCGCACAGCAACUUAGGGCAGGGUGGCGGGGUGCGGUGGCGAAGCUGUAGCGUAACGACAGCUUGCAGGAGGGUCCUCAAAGGCUUUCAACCCGUUCCCCCCACACAAUGAAAUACUACGAACCUUACGAGAAUGAAUACCACCCGUUUUAGGAAUUCGGUGAGCAAGGCAGCACACGCCCUUCCAGAAGUGCCCGUCAGCUACAGUAAAAUGGCCGGGGCCCUGUCUAGUGGCAAACCUGAAACUCUGGGACUAUCUGGCAAAUUGCUCUUUCAACAGAGGGGCUUUGGGUGAGUGGUUUUGGCCACCUCCCCCCUGUUGGCCACCGUCACUCACCCCUUGGAUCAACUGCCCGCCCCCCCCACCUCCCACACACGGACUCACAAAAUGCCACUCAGCCCCAGGGCCACCCCUGAUACCCGGGCACCUGGAACUCAGAGAUGGGGCGGGGGGCGGGGAAGACACUAUUAAGCUGUGUCUCCCCCGGGGAGCUAUGAACAAUUAAGGUGGGUCUCUUUCUUCCUCAGCACAAUAGGCUCUAAGAAAUCACGUUACUAAAAAUCAGUGUCAUGUUUAUUUAAAAUAAAAGAGAAUGUUUUCUAUGUCUGUAUAUCUUUUGUGAAUAUUUAUUAGGAUUUCUUGUAUAAUAAAAAAGUGCAAUAUUAAUAAUUGUACAUUGUCAUCGGAAAACAAAAUAUUUGGGGGACUUUUGAUUAACUUCCUGCGGUUGUGUUCCUGUAACUACUCAGUGGUAAUUAUUGUAUUGUUCCUAUUUUUAAUAGAACCUGAUGUUUAACUCCAGAUCCAUUCACUGUGUACAGAAUACGUUGUAAAGCUAACAUGGGAUGACAGGGCAGUAAGAAGCAAUAGUUAUGCGUGGAAUGAAGAAGACCGAUUCCGUACUACGAACUAACGUGGUUGGUUAUUUCUAGUUCAAUAGCUAUGGAAAACCAGUGGCCAAUAUUUAUGUUUCCUAAAUAGCAGGUGUCCUCCCGCUCUGCCUCGUGUCAGGCUGCAGCAGUUGGAGUGGGUUUCAGAGCGAGCCUGGAGGACCUAGGUUUGGGGUAAGAGGUAGCAUGCUCCUUGCAUGAAAUGAAUGUACAUUUACUGUUUGUUCUGUGAAUCGUGACUCAACAGCAGCACAAGAUGAUUAGAGCGGCUGAAUAAUGUGGAAGGAGGCACUUCCUCCUCUAAAACACAAAACUGUAUUUAUAUUUUUUGU